CUCCCUCCUCUUCCUCCUCUUCCUGUUGUUGCUGCUGCUGCUCCUGCUCUUCCUUCCCUUCCUCCUCUUUGACAAUCUUCUCCUUUCUUCUCUCUUACUCUGUUUCUUUUGUUGCUGCUUUCCUUCUCUCCUCAUUAGUUUCUUCCGAUUUCUUCCCUUCUUUGCUCGCUAUCGUUUUUUGGGGGAGUUGGGUGCCAGCAAUUGCUUGGUUCGGGUUUUGGGUGCAAUUGUUCGCAUCCGCACCGAGAGCGUUGUAGGCCGCGCAUUGAGCUCCAGGGCGUGUUUUUCGGUGAUUCGGGAACCCUCGGGGGAUACCCACCAGGUAUAUUUUGCUGCGGCUUGGUGAGAUUGAGCGAACGAGCGUGGGUAGUCGCGAGGCGGCUUGAGUAUGCGUGUGCGUGUGGGGUACGUCUAAGGAAUUACACAAUUGGGGUGAUAUUGUUCGCUUACUUUCAAGGAUGCGCCACAUGAUGGACAUUUGAAGGAAGCUCUCGAAGUCGGCGAUUGCUGCUGCUACAUAUGAUUCCUGAGUUGAAGGAGGCAUUUUACAGAAUUGAAAUCCUUUGAUUUGUGGUGAUUAUGGACGGCUGUGAGUGUGAAUUUCAGGGGUAACUGUGUCCCUUUCUUGCUCAUUUCCCAUUUAUGUGAGUGGAUUUUGGGAUGUAAACGUUGUUGAGAGGAGUGGACGUGGAGGUGAGGAAGGAUAUGGAAAGGCAAGAUUCUGGUUAUCCGGCAAAACUUCAGCAGAAGUUGGGGAACCAAGUAAUCGGGCUUCCGUAUCUUGCAGUAUUGCGGCUGUCCCGGGACUGUGGUGUGCGAGUGUAAACGAGGAGGCCAGGUGUGACAUCUUUCACAAUGGCUCAGCAGACAUCCCGGCUGCACCGCCUUCUUACGCUUCUUGACACGGGAUCCACAUCAACCACAAGGAGGACAGCAGCUCGACAAAUUGGUGAAAUUGCAAAGCAGCACCGAGGAGAACUUCGACCACUUCUUAGACGGGUAAGGCAAUUUUUGCGGAGCAAGAGCUGGGAUACAAGGGUGGCAUCUGCGCAAGCCAUUGGAGCUAUUGCAGAAAAUGUGCCGCAUGUAACCGUGAAGGAUUUGCUUGCAAAAGCUGAAGCAGAAUUAGGAGAGAAGGGCCACAUUGAGAGCAAUUUAGAGAACCUGGUUUUCCAUGAGAGUGAAAAUGGUGCUCUUACUUUCCAGAGGUUUGACAUGCAAGGAGUGCUUGAAAAUGGGGCCCAGUUGUUAUCAUCUGGAGGACAAGAAUAUGACGUGGGAGUUGACAACUCCAAAACCCCUGCUGAACGGUUGGCUCGUCAGAAACAGAAUCUGCGUCGCCGCUUAGGACUUGAUGGAUGCGAGCAGUUCAUGGAUGUCAAUGAUAUGAUUCGUGACGAAGAUCUCUUAGGACAUCGCGGAGCAGCUCACACUAAUGGAGAAGCAUCAGCUCGAGACUUUUUUGUUCAACCACAACCUCAUAAGCAGGAGGUUCAUGAACUAGUGGCUACUAUGGUACCAGGUGGUCUUUCAAGAACUUUAAGCGCUAGAGAGCGUAACAUGUUGAAACGGAAAGCCAAGGUGUUACCUAAAGAUGGUGCGAAAGAGUGGGGAGAGGAAGAGGAAGUUGAGGAGCCGACUGCUAAGCGUACUAAACAAACUAAGUCUGUUAUGUCUGAGCAGGCACAGGGUGGAGAUACGAAGCUUGUGGUAGAUGUUGUAUUAGAUAAUGAGAAUCUAGAGGAAGAUACUGUUGGAGAAUGGCCCUUUAGUCACAUUGUGGAGCUCCUCAUCAACGAUAUGUUUGAUCCAGUCUGGGAGGUACGACAUGGGAGCUUAAUGGCAUUGAGAGAAAUUCUGAGUGUUCAAGCAGCAUCCGCUGGUGUCACGGCCCCAACUCUGGAGUCUGAAUCAGAAGCUGAAGCAGUGGAAGAAUCAACACCCAUUAACUCAUCAGUUUGUGAUGUCAACGAAUCUGAGAAAGAAAUUCCAUCCUCAAGUCCUCACAAGGAAAGUAUGAUAGAUCUAAAUUUAGACAUACCAACAGAGGAAGACAAUGGAGGAUUAAAAAAGGGUGAGGAAGAUUCAUCACCAGCUUUCCACAAUCACAAUUGGACUGGGAUGCCAGAAGUUGUAAACAGCAAGCCUGACUGGAUGAAAGCAGACCAGGUCCCUGUUAAAAUAGAAUUAAGUUUGGGUUGCAUGAAAUCAGGAUCGAAGCCAGAUCACUUGAAAUCUGAAGACCUAAAUGCAAUGAAUUCUGAGUUAAAUUUGGAAAUGGGUAGAACCGAAGGUUCGAAUGCGUCAAAACCUGAACUAGAUUUGGAAUUGGGUAUGGUCAAGUCGGAGCUGUCUUUAAGUGCUGUGAAACCUGAAUUGGACCUUAACAUGGAGGUGGAGUUAGAUCUUAACAUGGAAAUGAAAGAAGAGCCAUUGACCGUAAAAGAUGAGCCAUUAACAGUAAAAGAAGAGCCAUUGACUGUGAAAGAAAAUCCAGUAAAUGUGAAAGUAGAGACAAACUCAGAGAGUGAUUCGCAGUCAAAUCUGUCCUGGCAUGUUCUUGCUCCUGCAAGUGUAAUGAAAGAAAACAACGACCCAAAGGUUGUAAGAGCCGCAAAGAAAGCCCUAGCUGCAAACAUCGGAUUUCUACAAGAUUGUACUAUUCGUCUACUCUGCGUCUUUGCCCUUGAUCGGUUUGGAGAUUAUGUGUCGGAUCAAGUGGUAGCGCCUGUUCGGGAAACAUGUGCACAAGUGAUGGGAGCUGUGAUGAAGCAGAUGCCACCACCUCUGGUUCAUGAAACACUGAGCAUUUUACUCCAAAUGCAGAAUCGCCCCGAGUGGGAGGUGCGACACGGGAGCCUAUUGGGUAUCAAGUAUCUUGUAGCUGUUCGUCAGGAAAUGCUGCAGGAACUAUUACCUCGAGUCCUUCCGGCCUGCAUGGCAGGCUUGGAGGACGCAGACGAUGAUGUACGGGCAGUGGCUGCAGAGGCUUUGACUCCAGCAGCAGCUGCUAUAGUUGCAUCUGCUGGUGCAAAACAUGUCACUGCUAUCCUGUUGUCCCUUUGGGAUAUCUUGCUGGACCUGGAUGACCUCAGCCCAUCAACUAGUAGUGUUAUGCACUUGUUAGCUGAGCUGUAUUCCCAGCCACAAGUGGAGUCAAAAACAGUGAUGGAAAAGCCAAUGUUGCUAGAUUUGAAUGAGACUAUGAUGGAUGAAAUCUCAGGGAGCGAUAGUGCAACCGGUGUAGAAGACGAUCCAUUUUUGCUUUCGACUUUAGCCCCACGGCUGUGGCCUUUCAUGCGCCACAAUAUCACCUCUGUCCGCCUUGCAGCUAUACGAACUCUGGAGCGGCUUCUGGAGUCCGGAGAUUACAGAGCAAAGGGGGACACCGGAAGUUCCUGGGCUGUCCCUAUAUUGGGUGAUGCUUUGAGAAUGGUCUUCCAAAAUCUGCUUCUUGAGUCAGAUGAGGCUGUUAUUCAAUGCUCUCAGCGUGUGUGGCGAUUGCUACUUCAAUGUCCUGAAGAAAAGCUUGCAGAAGAAGCAACUUCAUAUUUAUCAUCGUGGUUAAAAUUGGCAAGCACAGCCGCGGGUGCUCCUUUGGAGACUUCUAAAAUGUAUUCACCGAAUUCACUGCCCAGGAAAAGCAGAGGAAGAGCAGUUGCCAAGCUGAAGGCAGUUCGUGGGGAGAUACCGGCAGUUGGGGAAUCCAGCUGGCAACCCCCUAGACCAAACAACAAGGUCCGGGAUCUUCUUCAUGUGAUUGUUGGAGCUGACGGCGAAAAAUCUGCAGUUCUUAUGCGCGUGACUACGGCUAGAGCCCUCGGCAUACUUGCAGCUUCAUUACCUUCCGCACUGUUUCCUACUGUUGCCAAUUUGCUAACUGAGCUGUUAUCCUCGUCCCUAGGCACGCAACGCCAGGUAGCAUCAAUGGUUAUUGUAUCAUGGUUUAAGGAAAUGAGGGUCCGAAUGGACCACGAUAAGUCCUCAGAAGCGGCAACAGCUGUACAACCCAUGCUGGUCCGACUGCUGGAGCUUCUGGGUAUUGGAGACCCUUCAUCCCCAACACCAGGAUCCAGUGCACCAUACGGAGAGCUUUCCAGGAUGUUCGCUAAAAUGCGCACGGAGGCUGGGGCUCUUAUUAAACACACGGAAUCGUUAGGAACAUUCAAGCGCUCUGUUCUUGCCAGCUUACCGUCAAUUGACACCAUUAGUGCUGAAGCAGCAAUAGAGUUGGCUAGUAAACUUGUGCAACCAAGUCAGCCACAUGGGGAUGCUGAUGAUAAGUCAACGUCUGCUUCGGAUUCAAUGGAAUUGGCUCGCCAACGCUUGCUGGCUACGGCUGGAUACCUCCAAGUAGUCCAGGGUAAUUUGCACAUGAGUGUGUUGGCAUCACUUGCGGGUGCUGUUGUCUGGAUGGGUGAACUUCCCGUGAAGCUUAAUCCUAUUAUUCAGCCAUUGAUGGCUGCAAUAAAACGUGAACAGGAAGAAGCACUUCAACAACCUGCAGCAGAGGCAUUAGCGGAAAUUAUCGUGCAAUGCGUAGGACGAAAACCUAGUCCAAACGAGAAGUUAAUUAAGAACUUGUGCGCAUUAACUUGUGCUGAUCCGGUGGAGACACCAAAAGCCACUCAAGCUAAUGCAAGUGCAGUUAGCAUCGAAGAAGCUGAAGUGCCCUCUUCUGGGAAAGGUAAUAAGCAUGCAAAAGUAGCACCUUUGUCUGCCAUUGAAGAGAGAGCAAGAGCCGAAGGGGCGAUCACCAGACGUGGAGCGGAAUCGGCACUGAAGUCUUUAUGUAACAAGUUUGGUAGUUCAUUAUUGAACCAGCUUCCAAAAUUGUGGGAUUGCUUGACUGAAAGCUUUGGACAACCAGCUCUUGCCACUAGUGAUCAAGCUUCCAUUGUACUUCCUGUUUUAACUGCUGAACCUCAGGCUCUCAUCACUAACCUUCAGGUGGUGAGGUCCAUGGCUCCAGUGGUUGACAAGGCUCUGCAUCCUAAAAUGCUGUUACUUUUGCCAGCAAUCUUCGCCUGUGUCCGGCAUGACCAUGCAGCAGUCCGACUCGUAGCUUCCAGAUGCCUGACUGCCACGGCUCAGACCAUGCUCGAGCCUGUGAUGGCAUCUGUCUUAAUUACAGCCGUGCCUAUGUUGGGUGACACUACGUCCGUUGAAGCACGGCAAGGUUCAGGAAUGCUAAUUACGGCUCUGGUUGAGGGUCUAGGCACGGAGCUUGUGGCUUACGCUUCCUUGCUUAUUGUCCCCUUGCUGGGUUGUAUGAGUGAUUCCAAUCACCAUGUUCGUCAAAGUGUCACAAAAAGUUUUGCAGCCCUUGUUCCUCUUCUUCCGUUAGCUCGUGGAGUGCCUCCUCCUAAAGGGCUUGAUGAGUUCCAAGCAUCAAGGAGUGCAGAUGAUACACGGUUCCUGGAGCAGCUAUUAGAUAACUCACAGGUUGAUGAUUACAAAUUACAAUUUCCACUCAAUGUCACUUUGCGCAGGUACCAACAGGAAGGCAUCAAUUGGCUUGCAUUUUUGAAGCGUUUCAAACUGCACGGCAUUUUGUGUGAUGAUAUGGGUUUGGGUAAAACCCUCCAAGCGUCUGCCAUUGUUGCAUCUGAUACUGUUGAACGAGCAAAUGCCUUUGCUGUAUCCAAGAGUCCCGAUGUAGCCCCUCUUCCAUCGCUGGUGGUAUGUCCAUCCACUUUGGUAGGACACUGGGCUUUCGAGAUUGAGAAAUUCAUACCAACUGACAUUUUAAAUCCCCUACAAUACGCGGGGUCGCCUCAAGAGCGAAUCGAUCUACGAUCUCGAUUUCCAAAGCAUAACAUAAUUAUCACAUCAUAUGAUGUUUUGCGUAAAGAUAUCGACUAUCUGGCAACGCAGGUGUGGAACUACUGCAUUCUCGAUGAGGGUCACAUUAUCAAGAGUGCGAAGUCAAAGAUCACAAUGGCUGCUAAACGUGUACAGGCUGAUCAUCGGCUUUUACUGUCAGGAACUCCCAUCCAAAAUAACGUUCUGGAGCUUUGGUCUCUAUUUGACUUCCUCAUGCCUGGUUUCCUAGGCACUGAGCGCCAGUUUCAAGCUAAUUAUGGGAAACCAUUACAAGCGUCUAGGGAAGGUAAAUGCUCUUCAAAAGAAGCUGAGGCUGGAGUGUUGGCCAUGGAAGCACUUCAUAAGCAGGUCAUGCCAUUUUUGUUGCGCCGUACGAAAGACGAAGUGCUCGCUGAUCUUCCACCAAAAAUUAUUCAAGAUCGAUACUGUGAUCUCAGCCCAUUGCAGUUACAGCUGUAUGAAGAUUUUUCUCAUUCCCAGGCAAAACAAGAAAUCUCUUCAUUAGUAGAGCAUUACGGUGGUCCUGAUGCUUCAGAAGCCCGAACAGCCAGCGCUCCUUCCACUCAUGUUUUCCAGGCACUGCAAUACCUGCGGAAGCUUUGUAGUCAUCCUCUGCUUGUAUUGGAGGACGAGAGACAAGCAGCGCGGCAUGUUGAUGCAAUUGCUCAAAGUGGCGCCAAAGACCUACAUGAACUACAUCAUGCGCCCAAACUUCAGGCUCUUCGGGAUAUCUUAGAAGAAUGCGGUAUUGGGGUACCUGCGGCAGCUGAAAGUUCUGCCAGUCCAGAAGGAGGUCAUCAUCGUGUUCUUAUCUUUGCCCAACUUAAGAACUUUUUGGACAUCAUAGAAAAGGACCUUUUCCAAACACACAUGAAAGGGGUGACAUACUUGCGAUUGGAUGGAUCGGUGGAGUCAGACAAACGUUUCGAUAUUGUCAAAGCCUUCAAUUCCGAUCCCACCAUUGAUGUGCUACUUCUCACCACUCAUGUUGGAGGUCUAGGACUGAAUUUAACUGCAGCGGACACAGUCGUAUUCAUGGAGCAUGACUGGAACCCCAUGCGCGACCUGCAGGCAAUGGAUCGAGCACAUAGGUUAGGACAAAAGCGAGUAGUCAAUGUCCACAGACUCAUUAUGCGUGGAACACUUGAAGAGAAGAUCAUGAGCCUCCAGCGCUUCAAAAUCUCAGUAGCGAACACUGUCAUAAAUGCAGAGAAUGCUAGUCUAAAUACAAUGGAUACUACACAGCUUCUCGACCUUUUUACAGUUUCUAAAAACGCUCAAAAGGCUAGCACAUCCAUGAAGGCCGGAGAGGACGAAAGUGAUGCUGCAGCAUCAGUAGGAGUUAACAAGGGCCUCAAAGCCAUGCUUAACAAUUUAGAAGAGUUGUGGGACCAGUCACAGUAUAGUGAAGAGUACAAUUUAGUCCAAUUUGUUUCUCGCCUCAAUGGUUGAGAGUACAUGUAGUGGCAGCACAGCACAUGUCAACUCCUGCUUGUGAUGAAGUCAGCAGGUGCUUGAGGUACAAUGAUUCUUUUUGGGCUCAUCAUGCUCUUCAUUUUGUAACAAUAAAAAUCACUUCCCCAUUAAAAAAUUUGUGAUAUUCGUUUUC